AUGGCGUCCAGCAGCGGGGAGGGAGUCACAACAGAUGAGCCAUUUUCCCGAAGGCUGUUGCUAACAGUUCAGGAUGUGGUGGGGAAGCGGGUGGAGGGGCCCCCCUUUUGGAGUCCGCAGAUCAGCAAGGGGUUUGUUGAAGUGAGAUUUGGCAAGUCGAGGACAAAGAAGGUGUCCACAGCAACUAAAGACGUGGAGGACUUUGAGCUCAGCUUCAAUGAGCAGCUUGCCAUGGACAUGGACCACAGUUGCCAGGAGCUGGUUGUCAGUGUGUGUGCAGGCGAAGUUGGCAAACCAGGGCCCGUACUGGCUCGUUGUGGGAUAUAUGUGGACCAGAUUGUGGGCACAGAACCUGUCAACAAGUACUUCAACCUGUACAAGAUGGCCCCUGAUGGAACAUAUGAGAGGGGUGGUUUUAUCCGCGUUACUGUCUGUUGGGAGCCUGAGGAAGAAGAUGAAGAAGAAGUCUCGAUGGAAGGCACUGACUUUACAGAUUUGGAUGUUCCUGUGAGUGCGCCUGAACUUGAUCGGGCCUCCAUGGUGGUCAUGGACGACGGCGACUCGAGGUCGAGCCUGUCUGCAGAUGAUGUGACGCCAUCCUGGCUGAACAUUCCUGUUGUCUACAAAGGACCCAUGCCCAUGUCAGCUGCAGGCAGCAGCGGGGAUCUCCAGUGGGGUCAAUGGGCAGUGGCAGGCUCAGAUGAGAAUGCCAGCUCACGGGGAGAGCUGUCGAGCAGCCUUGCCUGCACCCCUCCAGCUGCCAGAACGCCCUCUGGAUAUAUGUUCGACGAUGACGAGGUAGGCAGCGAGGUUGACGGGCAGGGGGGCGGACAGUCAUCUGGCGGAGGGACGUCUCGAGCAGAGAGAGGCGAUUUGGGUUCCAUCGACUCCCCACAGGCACUCUCUCGUGACAUGCGCCUGGAGAUUCUGUCGCCACCCUUUUCGUCUGACUCUGGCAUGCCAAGGCUGAACUUGACAGUGAUGCCGCGCGAGCACCUGGGGGGGCAAGCGAGUGCCAGCAGGGGCACUGGAAGCGCUCGCGGUGACAAGGCGUCUCCAGCAUCUGAACUGGCGGAAGACCUGUCAACGAUGUCUCUGCAGCAGCGCCAUCCGGCUGUUGAGCAGUCUCCAGAGGGCGUCCAUCCCUUGCACCAGGGAUCUGAUGCUUGCGCAAGCGACUGUGGGGGCUCAGAUGCCCCAACAGAAUACUCCGUCGUCGGUCGAUGUCGCGGGGGUGUGUCCCCCUGGUUGCUCUUCACGCUUACGGCUGUGGGGGGCGCCGCUGCCGUAGCGCUGAAAGUGCUCGGCCCAGGAGGCAGCAGGUGUCGGGCCAGCAAUGCCUCCAGUCCCCGUGCUAGCACACAACCGGCAAGUGAAGAUCGGGACGAGGGUACUGUAGACUCUGACAGCUGA